ACCAGUUGUUACUUGAUAGGGGAGGUAGGAUGCUUCUCUCCUGCGCCUGGAAGGGGAUGUUCCAGGGAAUUAAAAGGUGGGGGAGUCAAAUCUGGUCAAAGGAAAACCUGCUUCCUGUGAUGUGUGAUUAGCCAGUGGAACUCACUGCCACAGGAAUUCACUGGGGCUCAGAACUUAGUAAGAUUCUCAAAGGAACGGGACGUUUGUAUGGAGAACAAAGAUACGCAGAGCGGUGGGUGGUCAGUACCAACAAUCUGGUAGAGAGAGUGAACCCACGCCAGGGCUCGAGCCAGUCUCUAACUCAGGAUGAGCCCAGACGUGGGAGGCAGAUCAUCCCACGGCUGCUACUGCAGGGUUCUGUCGCCUUCCGUUGAAGCAGCUGGUGCUGGGCACCGUCAGAGGCGGGAUGCCAGGCUAGGUGGGCCGUCACUCUGACCCUGUCAGGCAGCGCGUGGGGUCCGUCUCGGAGCAUCCUAGCCCCAUUGCACUGGGCAGAUCCCUUUGGAGAUGGUGCGCAUCUCUCCGCCCCUGCCCCUUGCCUUAGAAGGGUGAGACUGUUCCCCCUGUCCCCCCACGGGCCUCCCUGCUGAUAUCCCCAAACCAGCUGCCCUCUGAUGCUCCCCCGUGACGGCUUCUCCGUCUUGUUCCAGUUCAUCGUGGAUAGCCUGGCCACGCUGGCUGCGGGCUGGCGGGUCGAGCUGGAUGCCUUCGAGGACCGGACCCCGCGGGGUGUCGUGAGCUUUGCCAACGUAGUGGCCACGCUGGACCCCGCUGCCGGGCGGCGCUUGGUCCUGGCCUGCCACUAUGACUCCAAGUACUUCCCCCGCGACCGGCAGGGCCGCACCUUCCUGGGGGCCACCGACUCGGCCGUGCCCUGCGCCAUCCUGCUGGAACUGGCCACGGCCUUGGACGCCGAGCUGCUGAAGGCCAAGGAGCUGGGCUCCGAGGUGACGCUGCAGCUGCUGUUUCUGGACGGCGAGGAGGCCUUCGGGGAGUGGAGCGAGAGCGAUUCCCUGUACGGGGCACGCCACCUGGCUGAGCACAUGGCCAAGGCUCAGCACCGGCCGGACACCAGCCAGCUCCAGGCUAUGAGCCUGUUUGUCCUGCUGGACCUGCUGGGGGCCCGAAACCCGACCAUCCAGAACCACUUCCCCCUCACCGCCUCCUGGUUCGACCGGCUCGUCGGCAUCGAGAAGCGUCUGCACCAGCUGGGCCUGCUGCAAUCCCACCCCCGGGCGCAGACGUACUUCCAGCGGGAGCCUGCGUAUGGGCAAGUUGAAGACGACCACGUCCCCUUCCUCCGCAAAGGAGUGCCGGUGCUGCACCUCAUCGCCACCCCCUUCCCGUGGGUCUGGCACACGAUGGAGGACACGGAGCAGAACCUGCACCCCCCGACCGUGGAGAACCUCUGCAAGAUCUUGGCUGCCUUCCUGGCUGAGUACUUGUGGCUGUGAAUGCCCAGAGCCUCCCCUGGCGAGGGGACCAACCUCUCCUUGGGCAGGGUCCUUCGCCCCUCCUGGGCCGAGCUCCAUGGGGCCAGCGGCCAAAACACCCCAGGGACCAGGCAAGACGGCUUGGGGGGCCCAGGCUGUUACAGCCCCGCAGGGGCCGGGGGAGCUGUUACGAUGCUGGUGUCGCAGAGAGGACGAGAAGGGAGAUUGUGCUGGGGGCUGCGGCUGGCCCAGGAGUGAAACCUCUUGCUUGAGCCCCUUGAGGUUGGGCCCACGGCUCAGAAGCAGGAAUAACGGGGGUGAACCCGGACUGUGCUGGGGGCAGGACACCGGGGGCCUCCAGCUGCCGGCCCACCAGGGUUUGCUCCUGUUUCCGGGGCCCGUUCAGCUCUGGGGGCGCCGGGCUCCCAGCCUCGCUCGGGGGCUGCUCCACAGCGACUCUCGUAACAAAGAGCUGCCCCGUUCAGGGCCGCUGCCCCCUCCCCAUAGCGCCCCCUCACGCUGGGCAGCCCUGGGCACUGUGGGGCUCGGACGCUGCUGCUGGCAUGGCUGUUCCCUCUGCUCCGGCCCCCUCCCGCAGCCCCAGAUCCCCUCCCCUUCCUUCAGCUCAGGGUUGCCGGGCCUGUCUGUGGAACCCGCGAAGAACCAGCGCCCCCUUCGUUUCCGUCCAUCUCCUCCCUCUGGACUGAGAGGCAGCACAGUCUAGUGGGCAGAGCACUUGACUUCUGCCUUUGGAUCUGUUCCACGCUCUGCCACUGACUAGCCCUGUGAGCCUGCGUAAAACCCUUUCCGCUCCCAGUGCCUGAGUUUCCCCUCCCACCCUGUGUCUAGUUAGACUGUGAGCUCUUCAGGGCAGGGACUGUCUGUCUGUCUGAUGUUCUGUGUGUAAAGUACCUAGCACAAAGCGGUGUCUUAGUGCUAAUCUGACAGACCAUAAUCUCGUCCUCUGAGCUCGCCCAGCCCAGCCCAGCAGCGGGGGGUGGUUAUGGUUUAACAGGAGAUGAAAUGAUUCACGGCGCUUCACCUUUUCAUGUGCUAGAAGCUGGUUUAUUCUCACUGCUCAGUAGCCCCCAAGCAAAGCAAGCGCUAAGCCGCAGGGGCGCUGGGUUAAAGGCAAAUUGCACUUUAAUUAAAAACCCCUUUGUGGGACUCUGCGAACCACCCGACGGGUCCCUCCCAGGCACCAGCCGUGUGAAGAUCCAAACACUUCGCCCCCCCCCCUCGGUGAGAGAGGCUGGCGGGAGCGGAUUGUCGGGGCGAAAGGUGCUAGGGCUGAAAGCUUUGAGAGCCAGACCCUGCGGGGCCAGGCAGAGCUGAGGGUCAGGGCUCGGGGACACUUGGGUUCCCUUUGUGGGGUGGGUUAAAUAGCGACCAAUUUCUGGGGGAUUCCAGAUGGAAGUUUCGCUGCAGAUUUCAGUGGGGCUGGGGGCAGAGGAGGAUUUGACUCUGGAACUGAGAAUUGCUCAGAGGUUUAACACGGGAAUGGAGGCGACAUUCCCUGAGCUGCCCAGGGAUUGGCAGGGCCCUCGCUGCGGAGCUCGGCUGAGGAUUGGCCCCACCCCCCGGAUGCUGUAAGACCCUGGGCCUGGCUGUGUGUGGAACUGGGCUGAGCCGACGUGCCAGUGCCGGGCGGGAGCCAGGGGCUAGGCCUGGCGUCUGCCGAAGGAAGCAGCCUGGGGGAUGCAGGUGGCUCCCAGGCGCCAUUAGAAAUCUGAGCCCCCUGGGCAAGAGGGCAGCCGAGCCCAGGGGGAGACGGGAUCGUAACCCCAACUUUCAGAUCCCUGCUCUCUGGGCCCCAGGAGGCAGCAGGUGGGCAAGAAGUGCAAGGCUGCCCCCUGCUGGGGGGCGGAGGUGCUGCUCGGGCAGGCAGAAGCCGCGGGUGGGGUCAGCGAUGGGCAGAGGGGCUCCCCGAGGCUGCAGGGACUCAGGCUUUGAACCUGGGCCACCGGCUGAUGACCCCGUAGAGGGCGUUCCCGGGGCAGCUGGUCGGGUUCACGUUGCGAUGCCCCUUCAGGGUGUAGGUGCGGCUCAGGAAGCCCCUGUUGACGGCGCAUUGGAUCAGGCUCCUGGCAGCGUUCAGGGCGGCAGCGUUGGGGAUUCUGUCUGCAGGACAGAGCAGCCCCCUGUUAAUCUCACCCUGGCCCCUGUCUGCUGCUCAGGGGACGUGACUGGGGCCUGAAUAAAUAACCCCCCCCCCCGUGCCCAGGCUCUUGAUUGGCCACGUCAAUGUCACUCCCCCCUCGCCCCAUUGCGUUGGGUAAUGCAGCCUCCCGCCUGCUGCAUUUCCUGGCCCCGUGACCCAGCCUGGUGCCCCUCACACAGGGAGCUCGACCGUGGCAGAGCCCAGCGGGAUGGCGCUGAAGCCAGCUGGGUUAGCCCAGGGGCAGAUCUCUUGCUGAAUCCCAACCCCCGCCCCCAAGCUCUCAGCUGGGAGGGGGUACCGGGUGCCCAGAGCCCCCAGCUGCAGCCGCCCUGUGAGUGCCCAGAGGAUUCCUGCCAUAUGUAAAGCUAUUUAAGGCAGGGGAGUGACAUAAUCAACGCUCGUUCUUCACUGAAUCCCUGCCCAGGGGUGACUGCUGGAAGCACCUAAGAAACAAAGGCGGGGGCUGGGGGGCGGGAGAAGUGCUGAGCCCAGGCCGGAAGGGUAUCUAGCCUGUGAAUGAAAUAGCUGAAGCGUUACGCUGCAGGCCAGGGCUGCCGGCCUACAAGAAUCUCUGCAAUCUGCCUAAAACAUUUAGGGUGAGAAAUUAUUGCUUGUAGCCAGUUUCUUUAGUAUCUUAAGCUUAUCUUGCGUGUUUAGAACAUAAGAACGGCCGUACCGGGUCAGACCAAAGGUCCAUCUAGCCCAGUAUCUGUCUACCAACAGUGGCCAAUGCCAGGUGCCCCAGAGGGAGUGAACCUAACAGGUAAUGAUCAAG